AGAAUUUUUGCAUCUAUAUUAUCAAGGAUAUUGGCCUGCAGUUUUCUUUACUUGUAGUGUCCUUAUCUGGCUUUGGUAUCAGGGUAAUGCUGGCCUCAUAUAAUGAGUUUCUGAAGUAAGUAUAACUAAUCCCAUUUGGUAACUUUGGAGGCUGACAUUUGGAGAGGUUAGGUAAUGUACACAAAGUCACACAGCUAGUUAGAGGCAGAGCUGGGAUUGGCUAUCACACCUCCAUUCUUAAGCAUUGGGCCGCUGCCUCCCAAGAGAGACUUCUUGCCUUGUUGUAAAGGCUUCUUAGAGGAGGAACAUUUGAGUCAGGACUUGAAGACAAGUGUGAGAGCAGCAGAAUGGAGAGGUGAGGGGCAGAGGCCUUGAUCUAAGGUCACAUCCUCAUCCUUUCCCAAACCGUGAGGGAGCAGAGGGGGGCCAUUUUGGGGUUAGGCAAUGCUGUUCCUGCAAGUCCACUGGAGUGAUAUUCCAGGUGCCCUGGGAGCAGGGCAGUGGCCUUUAAGGCAUGUGGCCUGGCUGGUGCUGAGCUCCUUGUCUCCCAUUUCCUUGAGCACUGCAGGUGGGGAGCAGAAUGGUGAUUGUCGCUGCAGGCUGUAUACUACUAGUGUUGGGAGUAUUUGGGAAGAUUGGGGCUGCAUUUGCAACUAUCCCAACACCUGUUAUUGGAGGCAUGUUCCUGGUGAUGUUCGGGGUCAUCGCUGCCGUGGGGAUUUCCAGUCUGCAGUACGUGGACAUGAACUCGUCCAGGAACAUUUUUAUCUUUGGCUUUUCCAUCUUCUGUGGGCUUACCAUUCCCAACUGGGUGAACAAGAACCCUGAGAUGCUCCAAACAGGGAUUCUCCAACUGGACCAGGUCAUCCUGGUGCUGCUGACCACAGACAUGUUUGUAGGCGGAUUUCUGGGCUUUCUACUGGACAACACCAUCCCAGGAAGUCCGCAGGAGAGAGGCCUCCUGACAUGGGAUCAAAUCCACGAGGAGUCUGAGGAGACUGCGAAGGUGUCAGAGGUCUACGGCCUCCCCUGUGGGAUUGGCACAAAGUUCUGCACUUCCUCCUAUACCCGGUACCUCCCCUUCUGGCCCAGACCGGAACAUCAUAGGAAAGGCUUCAAGAUUGUAGCAUCAACUCCUGUCUGAGUUUCCAGCCUGAUUAUCUGCCCUACAAAUUUCAGAUUUGCAGUCUCCACAAUUGUGUGAACCAAUUCCUUAAAAUAAAUCUCUAUACCUA